AUGAUGUUGCUUCAACUUCUUCAUGUAAUUUCUUGCUGUCUCUUUUUUUUUCUUCUUCUUCCAUUCACUCUCUCUCUAAACUCUGACGGACUCUCUCUCCUGGCCUUAAAAGCCGCCAUAGAAGUGGACCCCACAGGGGUGCUCAACUCGUGGUCUGACUCAGUUCAGAGUCCGUGUGAAUGGUUCGGAGUGGUCUGCACCGGUGAACGAGUCACCCAACUCGCUCUCCCAGCAAAGGGGUUAAGUGGUUACAUACCCUCAGAACUUGGUCACCUCACGGAGCUUAAGAAACUGAAUCUUCAACACAACAACUUCUCCAGUGGCAUUCCCUCAAGUUUGUUCAAUGCAACAAACCUCAUGGCCCUCGACCUCUCCAGUAACUCUCUCUGCGGUUCGCUACCCUCUACGAUUGCAUCUCUCAAAAAUCUCAUACACUUAGAUUUGUCCUCUAAUUUUCUCAAUGGCUCUAUCCCUGACUCGUUUUCGGAGCUCGUUAACCUCGUCGGAGCGUUGAACCUCUCACACAAUCGAUUCUCCGGCGGGGUUCCGGCGUCAUUGGGGAUGCUUCCGGUGGCCGUGAGUUUGGACCUCCGGGGGAAUAACCUCACCGGAGAGAUUCCUCAGGUUGGAUCAUUGCUCAACCAGGGUCCCACAGCGUUCGCCGGAAACCCUGGCCUCUGCGGGUUCCCGUUGCAGAACGCCUGCCCCGAAGAGAAGUCGCCGGAGAUUUUCCCGAGCACGAGAGAUGACCCGAACCUGAACCCGAAUCCGAAACCGAAAGCGCUUUAUCCUCGUGGAGCUUCAGAAGAGAAGGUGCGAGGUGGGUCUUUUGUUGUUGGUGGUGUAAUCUCCGGCGUUUUGCUGAUGUCUGUGGCGGUUUUGCUGUCGGUGUGGGUUUUCCGGCGACGGCGGAGGUGGGAGGCCGGCGAGGGUGAAAUUGGAAAAAAGAAAGUGGAGGGUGAGGUUGGUGUUGGGGAGGAGCAGAAGGGUAGGUUUGUGGUGGUGGAUGAAGGGUUUGGGUUGGAGUUGGAGGAUUUGCUUAGGGGUUCUGCUUAUGUGGUGGGGAAGAGCAGGAGUGGGAUUGUGUACAAGGUUGUCGGAAAAGGGUCUUUCUCGACGGCGGCGGCGGCGGUGGCUGUUCGGCGGCUGAGUGAGGGUGAUGUCACGUGGCGGUUCAAGGAGUUUGAAUCUGAGGUGGCGGCUAUUGGGAGGGUUCGCCACCCUAAUGUUGUUCCGUUAAGAGCAUAUUACUAUGCAAAUGAUGAGAAACUGCUCAUCACUGAUUUCAUCCGCAAUGGAAGCUUGUACACUGCAUUGCAUGGUGGGCCUUCCAAUUCAUUGCCACCAUUAUCCUGGGCAGCAAGGUUAAAAAUUGCUCAAGGAACUGCAAGGGGCUUGAUGUACAUACAUGAGUUCAAUGGUAGAAAAUAUGUUCAUGGCAACCUAAAACCAACAAAAAUCCUACUAGAUGAUGAUCUCCAUCCUUGCAUAACCGGUUUUGGACUUACUCGUCUUGGUUUGGGUACCUCAAAGUUUGCCCCAUUAGUACCAAAACGGCAGAAUUCAAACCAGUCUACCUUAACAUCAGCAAUGGGUUCAAAAGUUUCAGUUUCCUCUAACAACUACUUGGCACCUGAGGUGCGCAUAGCUGGUGGAAAAUUCACUCAGAAAUGUGAUGUGUAUUCUUUUGGUAUAGUGCUGUUAGAACUUUUGACAGGUCGGUUGCCAGAUUUAGGGCCUGAAAAUGAUGGUAAGGAGCUAGAGAGUUUUGUGAGGAGAGCAUUCAAGGAGGAGAAGCCCUUGUUGGAGAUUUUAGACCCUGCGCUUUUACCCGAGGUUUAUGCUAAAAAGCAAGUUAUUGCUGCGUUUCAUGUAGCACUGAAUUGCACAGAACAUGAUCCAGAAAUGCGACCUAGAAUGAGAACCGUGUCUGAGAGCCUUGAUUGCAUCAAUAUACAAUGAAAAAUGAUGGGGAUCCUUGUAAAUUUUGUGUUCA